AUGGCAGAUCAAGGUAGCAGUAGAGGCAGAGGCGGCAACAGCCAGAACCCGAGAUGGGACUUCCGUUCCGAGUUUGGGUCAUCGCGUGAUGGGACUUGGAAUUAUCUUUGGGCUACAGGUUCAGGUCCUGAUGGCACCUCUUUUACCUUUGGGUCAGGCGCAGGCAGGAGUGGAAAUAGUGGAGGGUUCGGUUUCGGAUGGGGCGGGUCCACCUCGUUUGGCAGCGGGGAUUUUAGAUUUUAUGGAGGCGCUGGCGGCAGCGGAUUUGAAUUUGGCGGCGGUGGUGGCAGCAGCAAUUUUAAUUUCUAUGGCAAUUUCGGUGGCGAUGGCGGCCAAGGCCGAGGAUCAACUGGCCAACCUCGGAGGAUUAACUAG